GUUUAUUAUAUUUUAAAUGCAAAUACACUAGUCUACUCAAAACAUAUUUAAAAUUAUUUAUAAUUGAAAAUGAAUGGCAUUAAUAAUAAUCAACGGAGCAGUCAUUUUGCAUGUAAAAAGUGGACUUUAUUUACCCUGAGUGUGGUCUCCAUGAUAACCACUGUAAUAGCCGUCGUAUUCUAUUGCAUAGCCCUUACAGCAGUUGAUACGCUGAGCUCUGAAAUGAGCAAGAGCAUAUCAUCGUCAUCAUCAUCAGGGUCUUCCAGUUGGGAUCAAUCGCCAGUAUCCGGAUCAUCAAACAGUCCAUCGGUAUCAGGAUUUGGAUCGGACUCAACCCCUAAUCCUCAUUCGUGGUCAUGGACUGAGACAAGCUCUGAAGUCCACGUUAACGCAUCGAUUUUAAUUUACUCUACAGGCGCAAUAGGCGCUUAUAAAGAGCACUACUGCCUGUCCAUGACAUACGCAAUACUACUGACUAUAAGCACCGUCAGUAACCUAGGUUUGCUUAUUCAUAUGCCCAUGAUUGUCGCAAGCAAAAUUUAA